AUGGCAAGCCCAACAGGAAAACCCAACAAAAUAUGCCCCGAGCUCUUUUUUCUGUACCCUUCUACCUUCUCAUCAGAAACGAGAAAUUUCCGACAAAAAAUGGUAAUUAAUUCACUGAGAAGAACGCUGUUGAGAGCUUUGAGACCUCCACCGUCGUCGUCGUCAGUUCAAGCACGCCAAAGUUAUAUACUUUUAUCUCUCUCUAACCACUCUCAGGAGACUUCGACGUCUGCCCCUUUCCCUCGCCCUAAUUUCACAUGCACCGGCGUUGUUUGUCGCCGUCUGUCUUCUCUGAGCGAGAUGGAGUCUCUUGGGCCCGCCGCCAUUGAUUACCGGUGA